AUGCCCGGGCUCCUCUGUUUCUACAAGCAUCGCUGGGCGAGGGCCCAGUACAGCGGUGCUUUGUGGCUCAACGUCUUUUCCUUUACACUGCCCGCUCUGUACGGAACACUUGUGAAACUCACGUACACAUACAUCACGACCAUCGCGGAAGUCGUAAACGAUGGCCUCCCCCGAGCAGCAUGGUCUACCAUCGGUGACACCACGGCGCCCUACACCCACCGCCUGUCCUUGACAUACACCCUCAUUCUUGCCCAAUCAAUUCUCGGCCUACUCAUGUCCAUAGUAAUCCUCGUCGCCGCCAGGGCUUUCGCCAAGAGCUUCGUGCCCGUUGAAGUGCGCCUCGGCAGCAUAACCUACGUACGGAUCAGCGCAUUUUCCGCCCUCGGCAGUGCCAUCGAGGCGGCUGUUAAUGCGUCAGCGAGGCCGUUGGAUCGACCUGAUAUUCCCCUUUUGCUGAGCAGUAUCAAGUUUGCGGUCAAUAUCGUAUUGGACAUGUUGCUGAUUUCAACGUUUCAUGUGGGACGACACACGCCCAGUGUGAAUAUGCAGGCUGGUAUUCAGGUUACUUGUAAUCUGACCGCUGCAUUUAGUGGCCUGGCGUACUUGCUUGCUGUGCACCGACGCCGUAAGCAGGGGAAUGGGGAAGAGUAUGAGGAGGGGGAGCGGGAGGGAGACGAAGGAGGAGGACGGUCAACGACACCGAAACCCUCGAUUCAAGCGCUCUUGAAGGUCCUGGGUCCACGUGGAAUGCCGGCCUUUAUUGAAUCAGCAGUUCGGAACGCUUUAUACCUCUGGUUGAUUGCCAACAUUACCAGCUUGGGAAUAACGUACGCUACGGCAUGGAGCGUCUUCAACACCAUCCGCUGGGGCCUUGUCAUGGUUCCCGUUUCUGCACUCGAGGCAACAACAUUGACAUUUGUAGGGCACAAAUGGGGCAUCUGGAAGAGACGGUCUGCCGGUGUGACCAACGUCAGUCUAGGGAGCUUGCUCGGUAUUGCCCGACCGGCGUGUAAGUCGAUUUUCAUUGCUUUGGUUUUUGAAGUUCCUAUCUGCGUCUUUCUUUCCUUCUGGGGAGCACGGCCUUUUGCAAAGUUUCUUAGUAGAAACAACGACGUCGCCAAAGUGACAGCCCACAUGUGGAAGACUAUUGACUGGUGCUACAUCUUGUAUGCCGUUUCGACGCAGUUGGCUGCUGUUCUGCUGGCAACUCGACCAAAGUGGUAUCUCUGGCAGAGUUUGGCAAGCAACUUGCUUUACGUAUUGCCUUGGGCCAUUGUUUGCCAGGUAAAACAUUUGGAUGAGAGCAAUGCGUGGACGUAUCAUGCACUAGUCUUUGGGGGGAGCUUGGUGUUUAGCUUCUUUUGCGUUCCCAUCGUGCUGUGGCUAUGCGCGCGGGAUCUGAAAACUGGAAGAGCUCAUUUAGAACCAGUGGAGUAG